AUCAUCAAAUGACAUUCAACAAAAAUUUAAACAACAAACAAACAAAAAAAAUGUCAACAACCAACGAAAAACAUCGAAAAUCUAAAUUAUUAUCAAUUAUUACAAUACUAAUUAGUUGUUUAUGCCAUUUGAUCAAUGUUAACAACAGUAAUUAUGGCGUCAUGGCAAAUUUAUCAAAUAAUGAAAAUGGCAUUGAAAAUAAUGCUGGUGAAACAUUAUUUCCAAUUUAUUCAUCUGAUUCUACAGCCACGGAAAUGGUGAUGACUAAAUCGAAUAAUGAUAUCAAUAAUAAUAAUAAUAAUAAUAAUAUGAAUAGAAUGAAUUUUGAUAAUUAUGAAACCAUUAAUUCAUUAGUACCGAUGGUUUCAUCAUCAUCAUUAUUAUCAUCACCGAUUAAUAUUGAAACACGUGGUGCAGAAAAACAACAUUAUUGUGGUGAAAAUCUAAUCAAAGCAUUAGCACUUUAUUGUAAAGGUUAUUAUGCAAAUAAACGUACAUCUGGAUUAUCCAAUAUUAAUCCAAAUCACGAAGAAACAUAUGACAUUUAUUCAAUUAAAGAUUGUCGUAAUGAACCAUAUACUAUGAACAGUAAUAAUGAUAUAUCAAAUAAUGGCGGUAUGAUUGAUAUGAAUCAAUUAUCAUUAGCUAAUAAUAAUGAUAACAAUGUUAUUAAUAACAAAAAUUAUAAACAAAAUAAUUAUAAUAAUAAUAAUAAUAAUAAUAAUUGGAAUGAAUUAACCUGGUCAGAUAUAUUGAAUAUAUUAAAAUAUUCACAUAAUAAACAUGAUCAACAACAACAAAAUCAACAAUCAUUAUCUUAUACAAAUCAAGGUUAUAUAAAUGAUUGGUGGUUAGAUUCAUUUACACGUACACAUAAUAAUAAUUAUAAUCAUCGUAUACAACGACCAAAACGUGGUAUUGUUGAUGAAUGCUGUAAACGACCAUGUGGUUUGAAAACAUUAAAUCAAUAUUGUGGUAUACGUAAACGUCCAACAUAUUAAAAAAAAUUUUUUGUUUCGAAAAUUCAAAUUCCAAAUGAAAAUAUUCAAUUAUUAUGAUAUGAAAAAAAGU